AUGAUCACUGCACAGCAGCCACCGUUCCCCAGCAAAACCCAAAGAGUGAUGGACUGCCAAACUGAGGAAGAAGAAAACUGUGAAGAGCAGUACGACUCCGAAAACUGCACUUGCAGCUCCAAGUGUGCAUCAUCAACAGCACAAUCCAACUCAGAUUCACCAGUAACUCUUAAAAUACUACAGAACUGGGUUCCUAGAGUUUCCCACUACUUUGAUAAAGAGCACUACACAUAUGUUGGCCACCAGAUUGUCAUUCAGGAGUCCAUAGAACACUUUGGAGCCGUGGUGUGGCCGGGGGCACUGGCUUUAUCUCAGUAUCUGGAAUCAAAUCAAGAACAAUUCAACCUC